AUGCUCCGAUCCCUAAUAAUACGCAAUGAAGCGGAUCCGCGGGACGUGCUGGUGAUUGACUGCGGAUGCUUCGUUGCCCGUGCAAGCGAACUACUCGAUCAUUUGCGCUUCGUCCCCGUCGAUAACCCACCGCCACGGAAUAGACUGAAGCUCUGGCGUGUCCGUGUCGAAAGCCCAUACUUUCUCAUCCGGCUGGCACUGGCCCUUGGAUACCAGUAUUUCUUCUCGAAGACUGAUGAACACAGCUGCGCCAGAUAUUUCUUCCGAGAAGCCGGGCACUUCCCGAGGCCUCGGUCCGCCGAUGAGCAAUACAACUGCCCGCCAGCCGUCCUGCUACACGAUUAUGAACUCGAGAAAGCAUCACUCCCUAGAAGCACCGGACUCUCAUUUCUCCGCAGACAAGUACGAAUCGAAUCGCUGAAAGAACAAUUGGAUGCGUAUGACACGCUUGAAUUAUCGAUGCUUUUCCUCAUCAAAGACACACUAAUUUCCGAAGAGCUGCUUUACGUCACCCGGCUUCGGAUUCAGAACCGCCGGAAUAGAAAUGUCAAA